AUGGUCAGGGCAGCCGAGGGUGGAGGGGAGCUCCGAGACGAUGCGCAUGGUGUUGUUGACCUGCGUCUCCAUCGCUUCACCUGGGGUGUUGAGAUGACAUACUGCACGCCAUACCUUCUCUCGCUUGGCCUGUCGAAAGGGCAAACGUCGUUGGUUUGGGUUGCGGGCCCCCUAUCGGGCUUGAUUGUGCAACCCAUAAUAGGGGUCAUUGCAGAUGAGUCGACGUCAAAAUGGGGCAGGAGACGACCUAUUAUCGCCAUCGGCUCUGUCAUUGUUGCCCUCAGCCUGCUGGCCCUGGGUUUCACGAAGGAGCUCGUUGCGUCCUUCAUCUCAGACCCCGAUACGGCGCGGGUAUUGACCAUCAUGAUGGCUGUCUUGUCGCUCUACAGUGUCGAUUUCUCCAUUAACGCAGCUAGCCGCAUGAACUCCCUGGGGCACAUCAUCGGCUAUGCCAUGGGAGCAUUGGACCUCGUCCAGAUCUUUGGUCCGAGGCUCGGGGAUACCCAGUUCAAACAACUCACCGUCAUUGCUGCCCUGGGCAUGCUGCUCACCUCGGGUAUCACCUGCUGGGCUGUCACGGAGCGUAUUCUUGUCUCGGUGCGGCACGACCCUCGGCGGGCCCAGGGUCGUUUCAAGGUCGUUCGACAGAUUUAUUCCACCGUGCUGACCCUUCCCCCCCGUAUCAGGGGCAUCUGUAACGCUGUGUUUUGGUCCUGGAUCGGCUGGUUCCCAUUCAUUAUCUACAGCAGCACCUGGGUCGGCGAGACUUACUUCCGUUAUGAUGUCUCGCCCAACGCCAGGGACUCGAACGAUGCUCUGGGUGACAUGGGCCGUAUUGGGAGCAUGGCUCUAACCGUGUACUCGACUGUCUCUUUCAUCAGCGCUUGGAUUCUCCCCGCUCUGAUCCAGGCCCCGGAAGACGAAACCUUCACGCACCGCCCGCCCGCCAGCCUCGCCCCCUUCAUCGAGACAUUCAACAAGGUCAAGCCGGACUUGCUGACCGCGUGGAUCGCCAGCAACGUGCUCUUUUCUCUCGCCAUGUUCUUCACCCCCUUUGCGACCUCGUUCCGUUUCGCCACCAUAAUCGUCGCCUUCUGCGGCAUCCCGUGGUGCGUCUCGCAAUGGGCCCCGGUCACAUUCCUCGGCGUAGAAGUCAACAAGAUCAGCGGCUCCUCCGACGCCGGUCCGACCAUCCGCCCCACCUCCCGCCGCCGUUCCAACGACACCAGCAGCAUCGAGAUGCUCCGCCUCGAGCACGGCGCUGCCGCAGACGGCAGCCUCCUCGAAGCCGGCACCACACCCACCUCCGCCGGGGCGCACAGCUCGACGGGCGAGCUGAGCGGCAUUUAUUUCGGCAUCCUCAACAUCUACGUCACCAUCCCUCAGUUCCUCAGCACCAUCAUGACCGGCGCCGUCUUCGCCCUGCUCGAACCCGGCAAGAGCCCCGAGCUGGCCGCCGAGGCCCACCCGGCCGAGCAGAGCGACCCCUCGGGCCCCAACGCCAUCGCCGUGUGCAUGUUCCUCGGCGCGCUGAGCUCCCUAGUUGCGGCGUGGUCGACGGCUAAGUUGAGGGGGUUGUAA